AUGCCUUCCGCUCAGCUUUCCAACAUUUCCUCGGACCUGGUCUGGGAGAUCGUCCGCAACAACAACUCCUUCUCUGCUAAGAGCAAGAAGAAUGGCGGUGUCCAGUUCUCCCGGGACCCCCUUAACCUGACCAACAUCAGCUCCCGAAAGCACGCUGGUUUCGUCAACAACAAGGCCGUUGGUAUCUCCGUCGGUGAGAAGGGCGAGGUUGUCGUCACCACCAAGAAGGCUCAGCCCAACAAGCCUGCCCAGAACAUCACCCAGACCUCUUACAGCGCUGUCAAGUCCAACCGCAAGACCUACCAGGCUGUUGCCAACCAGGUCGCCAAGAACAGCUACCGCCCUGACCUCCGCGCCGCUGCCGUCGAGCGUGCUUCCGCCAUCAAGCGAUCCAACAAGCCCGUCAAGCCCGAGCCCGAGCAGAAGCUCCGCGGCAACAAGGCCAAGAAGGCUGCCGCCGCUGCUGAGGAGAACUAG